AUGAUAGAUUUUGUUAGGGAAGCGGUCUUAAGACUGAUAGAAAUAAAAGGAACUGUUGGAUUUUCAAUCAAGAUAUUUGAAGAUCUUUUGAAAUGGGGAGCUAACUUGCACUGUGAGAACAAUGAAGAAGCUCAAAGCCUGUGGCCUUCAUCAUGGGAAGAUGUCCAAACCCUGCUGGGUGAUGUUGGUUUUCAGAUGCUCAAGUUAUAUUACAUCUGUUUGGAUGCUAGUCAUCCCUCUUUGUAUGCACUACUAGAGUCCAGAACAGAUGUUUGUCCUCACUGGCAAAGAAGGAACAAUUCCUUAUUAUUAUCUUAGUGUUCAAGACAAAGUGAAAAGGUGAUUUUCCUCUGAAGAAAUGUGUAAGAAGAUCACUGCACAUUGCUAGAGAAAGAACAUUGGUUGCCUCCUGAAAGGCAAGAGGACUGGGGGUGGCCUUUAAAGAAGGAAUUUUGGGAUGGUACAGAGUUUGCAAAAUUGUCUUACUUUUGGGAUCCUGAUAAAGAAUGGAUGCUGCCAGUUAGAUGCCCCGCACCUGGUUGCAAAGCUGUUCUCUCACCUGAGCUGUUAAACAGUUCUCCAUGUAAAGGUGUUGGCUAUGGUGAAACAGGAGAAGUUGAAUGCCCUAGAUGCUAUGUCUUUGAUCAUAUUCCAAAGAAAACAAGAGGUGACCCACAAAACCUAGCUUAUGAUGGUAUGCAUAUUAUGAAAAAAAAUUGAGAUAAAGAGGGAAAACCACACAAUCAUGUAGAUGAUAUGACUCAAUAGGAUUAUUACUAGUUGGAUUUUGGGAAGACAGCACUGGCUGCCUUCUUAAUUCUUUGCUUACUGAUAUUAACAAUACGUUUUUUUUGAAAAUUCCUAUAAACUCUGUAGGAAAAGUAAUAGAAAUACUCUCAUAAUAUGAUCUGAAAACACAUGGAAUUUGUCUUCUAUUUUCCUGAAAACAAAUGGGUUGGUCAUAUUUUUUUGACAAGAUACAGUAUUUUCAAUGAAAUGGAGUCUACAACUCACAAGAUGUACAUUGUACAUUCCCCUAACCUUUUUUAGUUAAUAAAUAUAUUAUUAAAUAAUAUUUAAAAGCAAAGUAUUUUGUUAUUUAAAUUGCAAGCCCACUGGGAUGGAUGGCAACCAUUUUCUUCCAUGUUGUGUGGGUCAGGUAGGUUCUACUGCAUAUUAAUUAUCCUAAUAGUAACUUAGAACAAUACUUGUUGUACAUUAUUAAUUAUUAUUUCUGAAGCACUGACUGUAUUGAUUAAUGGAUGAACAAAUGCUUCACAGGUUUUGACUUUAUAUAUUUCUAAGUAUGCCUUUUUGUUUUCUUCUGUUUAGGGGCAAUUGAAAUUACUAUUGCAACCAUGUCCAAAGAACAGAGAUGCCAUACAGAUGAAGUGCAUGUAGUUUGUACCCUCCUAUCUUCUUUCAAAGAAGCGUCCCUUGUCUCUUGAUCCAUUUCUUGACCCACGGAUGACAGACAUUGAAGAUGGAUUCAUUGAUGGUAAUUUGCAGCUUUAUUUGCAGUUAUACAUUAAUAUUUUUAUUUUGUUUAAUAGUUCAGCUUUGGCAGGAAUAAUAGUGUUGCCCUGUAAACUUUUGACCUUUCUGCAAUGAUGUAAUUUAUAUAAAUUAUGUGUUGCAGUUAAAAAUUAAUUUCAGGUAAAAAAUUUUUAACCUCUAGUUUGAAAAUCAAUUUACUUUGUCUCCCAACCCUAAUUUUGAAUAAUUUGGCUAAGGAGACAAAGAGAUUUGAGAAUGAACCUUGGUUAAAAAUUUUUUCCUAAAUAUAAUUUUUACCCACAAAAUAUACACUUGUACAUAUAGCUGAAUGUAGUAUAGCCCUCACUGAAUUCUUGACUGUUUUUAAUUGUGGUGGAAUGAAGAUAGUUUAAAUAAGUUACUCUUAAUGAUCAUGUAGCUCUUCCUGAUGGAGUGUGUGAAUGUAGGUCAUUCCUGUAUUUCCAUGAAAAAAGUUAACUGCCAUGCUGCUGUUUGUGACAAGCCAGAAGGGCCAGCACUGAUCAGACAUCUUAUAUUGUGCUGGUCUGGAGACUACAAUGGGCUGUGCAGAGUUGGGAAAUUUGUCGAAAUGGGAAAGUGUGGUUGUCGACGAUGUCAUGUUGCUAUUAAGAAUAAGACUUCACUUAUAAAAUAAUAUUGUGUCAAAGCUGUGGUAAUAUUUACCUCAUACUAACUGAGUUCAAGAUCUGUACUACAAGUUACGGACUGAGUUUUUUCUGUUCGCUUAUCAUGCGUGGGCCAUAAAUCAACACGAAAAAAAGAGGAUCCAUAACUUACAGUACGGACGGAGAAAUGAGGUUAGUAAGAUAUUUAUUAUAUCUCUGAGGUUAAUCAGGCGCACGGGAAAGGAAUUUCAAAUUUAGAGAGCAUCAUAGGAGAAUAUGGCCCACAAAAUUGACCAAUCACAACGUGUUUACUAACUGAAAGGUAUAAGAAUAAUAAUAAUACUAAGAGCAGAAAAUGGAAGCAGCUGCAGGCACUAGUAGAUUCCAUGCGGACGUGCUUCUUUUCUAGCAACCAAAAGAGCUUUGAUGAUUGCAAUUAUGAUAACUGAAAAACAAAGUUACCAUUGAAUGGAACUACUUUAUCCUCAUUUUCAAGUGGUUAAUUUUUUUUGCAGGAUAAGUGCGAGGUACAUCUUUCUUUUACAGACGUUUAUGUCCCAGAGAGCUGUCACUAUUACUACACAGAUUUCUAUAAACAGGGUAGAUUCCCAGCAAAUGAGAAGAAUGUUAUUGACAAACUUGACCAAAUACAUGCCAUUGACGAGGAGGAAAGGUCUACAGUCAGGCAAAGGAUGUCAAGAGAUACUGGUUAUACAGGUCUAUCAAUUUUACACAGGCUCUACUCACUGUAUGGUUUUCUCUAUGACAAAAGUAGUGUUUAUGAUGAAAUGCAUACCAUCUCACUAAAUCUUGUGAAAAAUGCCCUUCUGGAUUUGAUCAAUGAUGAUACUAAUAGUAUUAACUGGUCAAUAGUAGACAGCGGUCUUGACAACAUACCAUGGCCAAGUGGUAAGUUUCUCCUAUCAAACUUAAAUAAUUAUUGUUGCUUUUCAGAGUGAAUGUUCACUCGUAGCCCAAGUUAACACUAUGUACAGUAUCUGUUCAGUUACAUUUUAAAACUAAGUUACAAGAGAAAGAGGCUGAAUUUAGUCUUCAGUGCUGUAAUUGUAGCCUCUUGUUUAUUUUUAAUUGCCUUUCAGAGUUGAAGUCAUCUAGGUACCCCAAGAAGUUAACCAAGACAGUAGGACACUGGAAAGGUGCAAUUUUAUUAGUUUAUUAUUAUAUCUCUCAGUUAGUGCGGGCACUGUGACUGGUCAAUUUUGCAGACCGUAUUCUACUAAGCUGUACCGCCCACUAAAUUUCAAAGUUCCCUUUCCCGCGCGCCCAAUUAACCUCACAGAUGUAAUAAAUAUCUUGCUAACCUCGUUUUCUCAGUCCGUGCUGUAAGUGACGGAUCCUCGUUUCUUCCCGUUGAUUUAUAAAUGAACGGGAAAAAACCCAGUCCGUAACUCACAGCACGGAUAUCAAACUCCAUAUUGUAAGUUACUGACCCAUUCAUUUAUAAAGUAAGGGGUAUAUAUAAGUGAAAGAAUCAAAGAGGACGCAUCGAUUCUCUGUUACUCUGAGUUUCGCGCCUAAGCGCUCGUCAGACAGAACUUUAUUCAAUGAAGAACAUACCUCCUUAUAUACAAAUUAGAUAAGUAGCUAAUUAAUUCACUUGUGUAAUGAUCUGAUCUACGUGUGAAAUAAAGAUUCUACAGAGCUAUUGUUGACGGCUUGUGAAAUUUGUUAAGUAAAACUUAUUCUCCUGGCGGCAUUUAGAAAUGAGUUCUGUUCUUUUGUUUAAUAAAGACGGCUUCGUAGUUCUAACUAAAUAAAGUUUUUAUGUGAGGUACAAGUGGCACCGCUUGCUUUUGCUGCUGUAGGCUGGGGCGGUCGCUAAAAUACUCCAGUUUAUUGUAAAAUUGAUGUUGCUGUCUUUGAGUGUCCAGAUAUGCUUUGAUAGUUCCGUGCUGUUUGAAUAGUAUCUGUUCCGAAAAGAAAGUUAGUAUUGCGUGUAACGUUGUUUAGAAGUUCCUUCAGUUAGUCCAAUGUAAUUCUUUCCGGUUGUGUCAUUUUCUGUUGUUACGUUGGCGUUGUAGACGACGCUUGAAGUGAGGCAAUUGCUUUUCAGUUAGUUAUAGCUGCACAGACAACUUGCAAACCAUAAUUAAGAAGCACAACAGAAAAAUCCUCGAGACAAGCAAAACACCCUUCACAGAAAACAAUUGUAACUGCAGGGAAAAAAACGACUGCCCUCUCUCCAUGCCAGAAAUGGAUGGAGUGAGGAAGACACACAAACAUUUCAUGAAAUAGCAUUGCGAUAUGCUGUUCUGUUGGAAGAAAGGAGAGGUCCAACUGCAUGUGUCAUGAUUGUUCGCAACCUUUUGAAUUUCAAGGAGAGAGCAGUGAGAAGAUAUGUGAGACAGUUCAGCAACUACAAAAACAUAGAGUGCACUUUUGCAUCAUCAGAAUGUAGACGGGAAUUCGUCAAGAUGAGGAAGGAGAAAGAUGGUCAGGGAUAUGAUCCACAUUGUGUAAAUGAAGAGUUGGUAGGCAUAUACAUGUACAAUGUACACCAGUAUCCUACUAUACAUGUAGGUGACAGCAUUGAGGGCAAAGUCAUUAUUCAGUCAUUUGUUGAAACUAGAGGAAUUAAUACAUAAAGCUAUUUGCAUUCAACAGAAAAGAAAAUCAGUAUUUAUUACUGUGUACUAUGCUGAGUUUUGGUAAUUCACUUGAUAAUCAUUAUAAAACCCAUUUUCUUAAUGAUGCACAACGCUUAAUUAUUAGUUGUCCUUUUUUUAUUUCUCAUGCAGGACUACAUUAUGUUAAUAAUUUCUUAGUAACAGUUAUACAAUGUACUUGGACAGUGUUUGUACAUGUAUGUAUUUGAAAGUUACUCUUAUAUUUCAGCUUUGGGCAAAAUCCAUUGAUCAAGCAAAGAAGCUGUAUAAAGCAAGUCUGGUUGUUCGCAAUCAAGGGGAUGCCAUAGGUGUAUUAGUUGGUGCUCCAAACCCUUAUAUACUGUCCAAUCAUCUACAACAUGAAAUUGCAAACCUGUGUAGUGUGCCUGAUGAUGAAGUACAGGAUACUGCUACAAGCUAUUGA